AUGGCUGUGACCAGACGCCACCCAGACACCUCCCCAGGGCCCCGCCCAGGGCUUCGCCUCUUGAGUGCCCAGUCCCCCGCCAAGAAGCUGGGCCCCUCCCUUCACCCACCAGUGCCGUCCACCCCGGGCCUAGGCCGGGUGCGAAGGCAGUUUGCAUGUAUUUACCUGGGGUGGGGGGGUGGGGUCACAGCAGACCCCGGGGGGGAGCUGGCGGGGCGCCUGGUGCCUGCCUUCCAGGGCAGCGACCUCUCCUAUGUCACCAUCUUCCUGUGCACCUACCGAGCCUUCACCACCACGCAACAGGUCCUGGACCUGCUCUUCAAAAGCAGGUACGGUAGAUGUGACGCCCUCACGGCCUCCUCUAGAUACGGAUGCAUCCUCCCGUACUCCGACCAGGACGGCGGGCCCCAGGACCAGCUGAGAAAUGCCAUCUCCUCCAUCCUGGGUACCUGGCUGGACCAGCACUCAGAGGCCUUCUGUCAGCCACCGGACUUCCCCUGCCUCAAGCAGCCGGUGGCCUACAUGCAGCUCAACAUGCCUGGCUCUGACCUGGAGCGCCGCGCCCAGCUUCUCCUGGCCCAGCUGGAGCAUGCUGACCUCACCGAGACAGAGCCAGAGGGCACCAUUUGGAAGGCGGGCAUGUCCAUCUCCUCUGUGGCUUCACCGCUGUCUCAGCGUCUCAUGAUGGCUCCAGCACCAGCUCCGGGACCAUCUGAAGAUCUGGACCAGCCGCAGAAGCACCAGCAGAACUGAAGCCAGAACCAGAGCCAGAGGCAUCUCCAUCAACAGGUGCGCCAGGGUGGGAGCCAACAGCACCGUCAGUCCCAUCAGCACCUCUGCGGCUGGAGCCCGGCGCGGCGGGGACAAGGCCCCGCGGGAGGCCACCCUCAACUCGCUGCCCCAGGACGUCCCUUCCCUCUCUUGUUUCUGUUUUUGUUUUUAAUUUUACUUUCCCCUUUCAUGUUAUUUGUGAUGCUUUUUAUCUUAUGUCUUAAUACAAUCAAGCUUAACUUUUUAACUUUAUAUUGAGCACUUGAGGAGCGCGUAGUCCACUCACGUGACCUUCAGGCCUGUCUCAGAGCCGACCGCCUCACUCCCCAGAAGGAAGCCCUGGACGGAAAGCCGUCGCCCCCCGGCCCUCCCUCCCCCGCCCCCCACA